AUGUACAUCACAGCGAGGAGGACGGCGUCCCUCUGCCGUCGACAGCUUCAACGUAGACUCUUCUCCUCACAGACGUACACUCGCCCUCUACCCGCGGGCGCUCUCGAAGUAUACGACCACGCACUCCUCUUCCUCGCCCAAGACAGAGACGUCAAGCUUGCCCGUAUCUCUUCGCUCCAGGAGGAACUCCCCUCUCUCACGGGAGAAGCGGCAGAAGGAUCGAAGAAGGAGAUUGCGAGACUGGAGGUGGAGGCAUGGAUCAAUGACCCAGAAGUGAGAUGGAUGCAUAACAUGGGAUUAUGGGAUAUGAGCAAACCGGUAUAUCGACAUCUAAGAGAGCAACAAUGGCGAAAAGAAGGGGUCCUAGAUCUCCUCAUGGAGCGCCUCUGGCAGAUGCACAUCAUACCCGAUGUCCUCCCCUGGGUCGACCCUACCCUUGACAUGCGCCUCCAGUUUCCUACUGAGCGAACGGAGGAGGUCGUCAAAAUCAAAGGCAAAGACGAUGUCGUCUGCCAGGAAGGGGACAUCGAGCCAGGCACAUUCGUCCUUCCUUCACAGACAUCUAAGGAGCCCCAAUUGUACGUGACCGCCUUCCACCCUGAAGAACGCUUUUACACGCUAGUGAUGGUCGAUCCUGAUGUCCCCUCACCAGAAACCCAGUCCUACAGCACCCUUCUCCACUGGCUAGUACCUAACAUCCCCCUCUCCUGCCUCUCUCCUUCCUCGCCGAUCGCCCUCCCCCCCGCGCUGCUGCCUUACAUUCCUCCUCACCCGCAGCAAGGCUCGGGAUAUCAUCGUUACACCACGUUCCUCCUCCCCCAGCGCGCCCUACUCACGGAACUCAAAACUCCCCUUCGGCGCAACUUCAACCUGCGCGACUUCGUCCGCCAGUACUCGCUCUCCGGCUCCCCAGUCCCAGGAGCACCAAAACCCAUCCUCCCCGGGCACGGCAAAAAACGGAACGGGGUAGGCGAAGUCACUUCCCUCCAUACGGGCGCGGAGGUUGGCGGUGGGGGAGUACACAUGUUCCGCGAGGUGUGGGACGAAAGCGUGACGGCGCUUCAUGAGAGGGUGUUUGGCGUGGGGGAGAGGAGGUUCGGGAAGUUGAAGCAGGGAGAUCCGUACGUGGACGAAGAGGGCAGGAGGCCGAGGAGGUAUUAUUAGGGCUUGGACAAAAUUGUGCACAUUGU